UAAUUGAUGCUUCGUUGAUUUUGUUAACUUUAGGCAACCAUAUUGUAAUAAUAAUAACAACAUUCGGAUUAUGAAUCGUUGAUUUUGUUAACUUUAGGCAACCAUAUUGUAAUAAUAACAGCAACAUUCGGAUUAUGAAUCGUUGAUUUUGUUAACUUUAGGCAACCAUAUUGUAAUAAUAACAGCAACAUUCGGAUUAUGAAUCGUUGAUUUUGUUAACUUUAGGCACCCAUAUUGUAAUAAUAACAGUAACAUUCGGAUUAUGAAAGAGGAUAUAUCUCUGUUCAGUGGAUAGGAUAAGUAACAUUUUUAGUAUUUAUUCUUUUAUUGUUUUAUUCUGAUGAGCACGGAUACUAUAAUUUUAAAUGGUCGUUUACACUUUGAAAGACGAGGUAUUAGAUACAGUAUGACUUCUUUGACCGCGGUUGAUUUUGAUAUGCGUAUUAGAAAGCACAAUUGAAAAAGUGUUGUAUAUAAUUUUAUCUUUUUUAUUUUGUAUCGUGGCAGUUGUUUUCAUACACAAGCGACUUCUGUACUCAGCAUGAAAUAUAUUCUAAUGACAUACUCUACAUCCUGGCUGAUUUAAAUGUUAAACUUGUACAUCCGGAAGUAUUUGAUAUAAAGUCAAAAAUACCUAUUACCCUGUUUCACGCGAAAAUUUUAAUUCAUCGAGAGGGAUAAAAACAACUUUCGGCAGAGAUGUUAGCAUGACUAACUGGCUUAAAUGGUUAUUUUUUAAUUAAAACUGUAAACAUAUUGUAAGCGAAAAACAACAAGAACAAAAAGACAUUGUUAUGUGAUAGCAGGACUAUCAAUGUCUGAGAAAGGACACUAAAAUGUUAGUUUAAAACAUUUUGCUGGAGUAUCUUCCAGUGUUAAUAUUUCAGGAAUAUGUAACAGUGUUAACACAGAACACAGGAAGCCAGAGAUGCACAUAAAUGAUCAUAUUGGUCACUUCCGGUCAAACUGCAUUUAUGUAAAGCGGAAAGCAUCCGUGUCUUUACCCACAUGAUUACACAUGUUCUUUUAUCACUAAAUUUCAGUUCAUUGUUAAUUGGGUAUGACCGAUAAAUUCACGGGUAUUUCAGACACUACUGAACUUUUCGUCCCAAUGUAUCGAGGGUGGCAUUUAGAACUGAUGGCUGAUGCCCUAGGACAGUCGGAAUCAGACGCACUUCAUUUAGUUGUUCUCACUUCUUCAGAAACAUAGGUUGACUGUUUCAAAACACUAACGAACUAAUUACAUAAGCGUUUCUGUCGGAAGUAUCAUCGGUAUGCUAUCAAUUUCUUUUCUGAGGAAGCAAGUAAAAUUGCUUACCAUUUUACUCAUCAUACCGGAACUAUUUUGCACCGGUCACAAUGAUCAGGGGACAUGCAAUAUGGAUGCGGAAUCUUGCGAAAUCUAUCUUGACGUGAGUGCAUGGUUACCAAUGCGUCGCGGGUACAACGAGAAAGUAUACAUCAACGAAACUGACGGGCAGUUAUAUGUAUACGGUGACGUCACAUAUACAGUAGUUAACCCUAAGGAUGUUGUACUAGCUGACGGGUCACCACACGAACGUGCUCUUAUUCUUUUCAACAGGACAAUGCCAGGGCCAACGUUAAUCGUGUACGUGAACCAAGAAGUUGUAGUCCACGUCAGAAAUCAUAUGAAAAGUGAUGGAGUAUCGGUACAUUUCCAUGGGAUUGAGAUGAGGGACACACCAUGGAUGGAUGGGGCAGCUUUCGUUACACAGUGUCCAAUCUUACCGGGACAAACAUUUACAUACAAGUUUAGGCCGAACCGCCACGGUACCUAUUUUUACCAUUCGCAUAGUGGGUCACAGUUAAGCAUGGGUCUGGUUGGAGCAUUUAUUGUCAAAGAGAGAAAAGUAAACAACAUUGAAGAACACUUGAUGCUAAUACAAGAUUAUAACAAUUUACAGUCUUCUAUCGAAAUAUUUGCAAGUACCGCCUUACUUGGGUUCAUUAAUACUGAUGGUGUGAAAUUAACUCCGGCGGAAAAGAUUGACAGCACUUACACGCCCGCAAUGAGAGUAACGUCAUCUUUAAUCAACGGAAGAGGGCGGGUUAUAAACGAACAAGGGGAACAGUUAACGAAAACUCCUUUAAGUGUUUUUACCGUGCAACCAGGAAAACAGUAUAGAUUUAGAAUCAUUGGAGGAGGCUUCGCUCUUCAACACAAAGUUUCUGUUGAUAAUCAUACAAUUAAAAUUGUUGCCGCCGAUGGAAAUGAUAUCGAUGCAAUCAUAGCUGAUUCAUUCAUUAUGCACUCGGGUGAACGAUUUGAUUUUAUCAUUGAUGCUAAUCUAACUAUCGGCAAUUUCUGGAUACGAGCAGAAACGCUUGAAAAGUAUCGUAACCACACUGGUCUUGCUGUACUGAGGUACGUAGGAGCUGACAAACAGGACCCAUCUACAACAACGAAUAUUUGUUCGCAAAACAACCGCUGCACUGUUGUUAACUGUCCUUUUGAUAAGUAUCCAAACUGGAACUGUAUUCAUGCUGAUGAAGUCCGUGCGAUUUCCAACAAUGAUCCAGCACCAGAACCUACGUCCGGAAAAUUUAAGGAAUUUUUUGUAAGUCUCGGGUUUGCAGUUGCGGAUGAUUAUGCAAUAAUGGGUCACAUGAAUGGAGUUAGUCUGAAACUGCCUCCUGUGUCCGCCUUAACACAACCCACUGAGGUUACUGGAAUCUGCGACGAAUCCCAUAAUUGCACUCCUGACAAGUUCUGUUCUUGCAUCCGUCCAUUAAAUGUUGAUUUUGGUGAUGUUGUACAGAUAAACUUCUUUAGUGCCGGUCGUCUCAAUAUUGUAAGCCACCCUAUACAUGUUCAUGGGUAUUCCUUUCAUGUUGUGAAGGUUGGAUAUGGUCAUAAGAAUGCAAGUUAUCCAAAUUAUGGGACGAAUGAAAAUAUACACUGUCCUACUGAUCUAUGUUACAACAACAUGACAUGGGCAAAUCAGUCAUGGAGUGAUGGAAAUAUUCCAGGUGUAGAUUUGAGACGAGCACCGCGCAAGGAUACAAUAACAGUUCCAGCCGGUGGUUAUGUGGUAAUAAGAUUCGUGGCUGACAAUCCAGGUCUUUGGUACAUACACUGUCAUCAAGAAUAUCACGCUCAAAAGGGACUAGGCUUACUCUUAAAUGAUUCGUUUGCACAAGUUCCUCCUCCUCCAACUGGAUUUCCGGAAUGCAGAAACUUCCCAUCCGAACAUUCGGUUGUUACGGAAAGACCUACCACAGUGACUGCUCCAAAUAAAGAAGAAAACACUGAAGUUCCCGAUGUUCCUGAGAGGACUUUCACAGAAGAAGAAUUCUGGGGAAUGUUUGGAGCACUCUUGUUCGUUAUUCUUUUACAGUUUGUUGUUUCAGUAACGUGCAUACGGAGAAUCAAAGCAUCGGUGUCGUUUUAAUACCUUGAUGAAACAUAUUUUACGUAUAUGUCUGACGUAAAAAAAGUUCGAGAAUUUGCUUCUCCUAUAGUAAAUGACGUUUUCAAAAUAAUACUGAAGUCUUACCAGUUGUGAAGGAAAUGACAAGUUCUAAAUACAACGAGACUGAUAGUUUUACCUUUUUUGUAGUAAAUGACCUUUUCCUUUCUAAAGACGACUGGACUGACAAUUUACCUCUUCUACAGUAAAUGAAAUUUUCUAAAUACGAUCAGACUGAUGAUUUACCUUUUCUGUGGUAAAUGAUGACUUCUGUAGACGACUGGACUGACGAUCUACAUCUUCUGCAUUAAAUGACGUUUUCUAAAUACGACUAGACUGAUGUUUCACCUCUCUUACAGUAAAUGACGUUUUCCAUAUACGACUGGACUGACCACUUACCUCUUCUACAGUAAAUAACGUUUUCUAAAUACGAUGAGACUAAUGUUUUACCUUUUCUGUGGUAAAUGAUGUUUUCUGUAGACGACUGGACUGACAAGUUUCCUCUUCUGCAUUAAAUGACGUUUUCUAAAUACGACUGGACUGAUGUUUUACCUCUCUUACAGUAAAUGACGUUUUCUUAAUACGAUGAGACUAAUGUUUUACCUUUUCUGUGGUAAAUGAUGUUUUCUGUAGACGACUGGACUGACAAGUUCCCUCUUCUGCAUUAAAUGACGUUUUCUAAAUACGACUGGACUGAUGUUUUACCUCUCUUACAGUAAAUGACGUUUUCUAAAUACGACUGGACUGAUCUUUCACUCUCCUACAGUAAAUGACGUUUUCUAAAUACGACUGGACUGAUCUUUCACUCUCCUACAGUAAAUGACGUUUUCUAAAUACGACUGGACUGACGUUUCACCUCUCUUACAGUAUAUGACGUUUACUAAGCUUUGUUUCGAAGAUGGAAAAUUAUUCAUCAAGAUCUUGACUGUGAAAUAUUAUUUCAGUCUGUUUCAUUCUGUCGUUUUCUCUGGUCUGACUAUUAUUGUAAUAAUGAUUAAUAAACAUAGCUGUGUAUUGACAAUAGGUGUUUUGAAAGCAGUUCUUAUAUUCUUGAAAUGCAUCGUUAUCUUUAUGCAACAUUGGGAAAUAUCUCCUUUUUCUUGAUUAAGUUGCCAAAUACAUCAGAAAAAAUUCAUGCAAAUACUGAUUUAUAUAUAAUACGUGUAUCUAUAUGCAUAGGUGUUCUCCUGAUGUGGGAUACAGUUGGAACAGUAUCAUUUCGAAGUUGUUAUUCAUUUAAAGUAGAAUUUUACAUGUUAUUUCACAGUUAAUAUAAUAUUCAAUUGAU